AUGUCUGCAACACUCCACCUCGACGCCCUCCAACGCGACGGCUUCGUCGUCAUCCGCAACCUCCUCUCCCCCACCGAGAUCACCCAUUACCGCGACAUAGCCACAGUCGCAACAACCAAGACCCGCACAGGGGGCUGGCCACAUUUCCGCACCGUCCCUAAACAAUUUCCGCCAUGGCCCACCACACCACCCCCAGCUUCAGAGGGAGGCAUCUGGGGCGUGCAGCACCUGCUACACCCAGAAAUGCCAGGUCGCGAAUCAUUCGCAAGCUGCUACUUCUCCGAGGCCAUCCUGAGCGUCAUCGAAGAACUAGUAGGCGCCAAGCCAGCGAACAAUGGUAAAGGUGACGAAAAACUUGUGAUGGAAUUGUUCAAUUUGCUCGUUGCGCCUGAGACGAAGGAUUUUGAGCUUCGAUGGCAUAGAGAUGACAUACCCGAGACCGCGACUGCGGAGGAGGAGCUACAUCAAUUGGCGGCAAGGUCUCCUGGCGGAAAACAGUCGCAUGCACAGUAUAACCUGGCGCUGUGUCCCGAUAAGUCGUUAAUUGUGGUGCCUGGAUCACAUCGCCGGGCGCGGACAGAUACUGAGCGUAAUGCUAAGCCUUACGAGCCUUAUUUACCCGAUCAAUUAAUUGUGGAGCUACAACCUGGUGAUGCUGUCUUCUAUGAUAGCAAUAUUCUGCAUCGUGGGGUGUAUAAGGGGAAGGCAGAGGGUGGGGAAGAGACGCGACUAACGCUGCAUGGAUGCGUUGGGCUGAAUAUUUUAGAUGCGAACGAUUCGGAGAAGAAAAAGGUUCGUGCUAGGGCUGUAUUGCAACAUGGUGUAGGCGAUUGGGUGAAUCGGGAUGAUGCGGCGUUUGGAAUUGGCGAGCGGCCGGAGAAGAUGAGGGCUAAUCUUGUUGCUAUGGGCAGUGGCGAGGGCGUGGGUUACUCGUUGCAGGGAUAG